AAACAAUUGGAUUUCGUUAGAGUCGUUGAUUUAAAGAGGAUCAGGUCUGGUAGGAAAAGGAUCUCUGUGAUUCGAAAUUCGCAAUCUGGUCCGGAGAUCGCCGAGCUGCAACCUGCUUCAGAAGGAAGCCCUCUAUUAGGAUCCGUCUACCAGCCGGGUGAUUGGCAGUGGUCGUAGAGUGGGUGGUCUCUAUCAUCUCCAGUCUCUCCACCUUCCCUCCUUGCGUCCCAGUUUUUGCGGUCUUGCCUCUCCUACUCCUGAUAUCUGGCAUAGACGAUUAGGUCAUAUUUCUGAGUCGCGACUGAAGAGUCUCUCCUUGUCUGGAGCUCUCGGUCGUAGUUCCUUUUCUGCUUUGAGUCCUUGUCUUGGUUGUAAGCUUGCUAAAGCUACAGCACUCCCCUUUUCCCCCAGUGUAUCCCAAACUUCUAGUGUUUUUGAUCUAUUACAUUCAGACAUUUGGGGCCCUGCACCUCUCCCUUCUAUUUGUGGUUAUCGUUAUUAUGUUUCCUUUAUUGAUGACUUUACUCGCUAUACUUGGGUCUAUCUCUUACAGCAUCGCUCUGAGAUUCUCGAUGUGUAUGACCGGUUUACCACUAUGAUUUUCACUCAGUUCAAUCGUCGCAUCAAGACGCUCCGUUCUGAUUGUGCUCUUGAGUACUUGUCUUCUAGUAUGCGCUCGUUGCUCUCCUCUCACGGUACCAUUUUUCAGCACUCAUGUCCUCACACGCAUGAGCAAAAUGGCGUUGCUGAGAGGAAGCAUCGACACAUUCUAGAGACUACUCGGGCACUUCUCCUUUCUGCUUCUGUGCCUCGUUCUUACUGGGCUGAGGCUGUUCUCACUUCAGUAAAUCUAAUCAACAUUACUCCCUCUUCAGUUCUGCCUGGUCGUAUCUCUCCUCAUGAGCGGCUAUUCAGCUCCUCACCUGACUACUCUCGUCUUCGCACAUUUGGCUGCACUUGUUUUGUCCUCUUACCUCCUCCUGAGCGUUCCAAAUUGUCCCCUGUUUCUGCCAAAUGUGUUCUCCUCGGUAUCAGUGCUGAACACAAGGGUUAUCGUUGCUAUGAUCCCUUGACUCGGCGCGUCCGUAUUUCUCGUCAUGUCUCAUUUCUUGAGGAUGUUCCUUAUUUCUCCUCGACACCUCAGGAUCUUACCUUUCUUACGCUUCCGCCCUCACCCAUUCCUGACAUUUCUCCUUCCCCUCCUCCUGUUUCCUCUACAUCCAUUCUAGAUAUUCCUAUUUCUUCCACUCCCUCGGAUUCUGCUCCCACUGAGCCUGAUCCUCCAUCUUCCUCCUCAUCUUCUGCACCUGAUCCUGUUCACACCACACCGGAUCCCAUUGAGCCUGAUCCUUCAUCUCCUCCACUUUCAUCUGGUAUUACCCCUUAUCCUCUUCACUACACCCGUGAUCUUGACUAUGUCCCAUCUGCUAGUCCUGAUCCUACCUCACCCUCCUCGGUCACCUGUACAUCCCCUGCUAGUAUGGAUCCUCCUGCUCCUCGCUAUCCUCAGCGCGAGCGACGCCCUGUGGAGAGGUAUGGUUAUAGUUCUGUUUCUACUUAUGCUCCACAGUUUACUGCUUUUCUUACUGCUCUUCAUUCGGAGUCUGAGCCUACAUCAUACAGUGAGGCCUCUCAGUUAGUUCAGUGGCAGCAGGCUAUGGCAGAGGAGUUUGAGGCUUUUAGGGAGACUCGGACUUGGGAUGUGGUUCCUCUUCCUGCUGGUGUUAGGCCUAUUGGCUGCAAAUGGAUUUAUCGGGUUAAACGUCGCCCUGAUGGGUCUAUUGAGCGCUAUAAGGCUCGUCUUGUUGCUAGAGGUUUUUCUCAGGUACAUGGUAUUGAUUAUGAUGAGACAUUUGCUCCUGUUGCUCAGAUGACUACAAUUCGCACUUUAUUGGCCGUUGCUGCCGUUAGUCGGUGGCCUCUUCUUCAGAUGGAUGUGAAGAAUGCCUUUCUCAAUGGCGAUCUUUCAGAGAUCGUCUACAUGCAGCCCCCUCCCGGACUUCGCACUCCUCCUCAGCAUGUUUGUCGCCUUCGCCGGGCUAUCUAUGGUCUCAAACAAGCCCCUCGGGCUUGGUUUGAGCGAUUUCGUCAGGUGGUGACUCAGGUUGGAUUUAUUGAGAGCUCUCAGGAUCACUCUCUCUUUGUCCGGUCAUCCCCUCAGGGGCGGGCGAUUCUGUUGUUGUAUGUGGAUGAUAUGAUCAUUACAGGUGAUGAUACCGCUGCUAUUCAGUAUCUUCAGCAACAUCUUCAGUCUCAGUUCCGAAUGAAAGAUCUUGGAUCUCUCCGGUAUUUUCUUGGCAUUGAGAUUACUCGUUCUGAUCAUGGCAUUCUGCUGUCCCAGCAGAAGUAUCUCUCCGACAUUCUUAGUCGGGCUGCUCUCUCAGAUACUCACAGUGUUGACACUCCUCUUGAGCUUAAUGUGAAGCUCCGGCCGACUGAUGGUCAGCCUCUUCCUGAUCCGACUCGCUACAGGCAGAUUGUUGGUCAGCUUGUGUACCUAUGCAUCACUCGUCCGGAUAUUGCUCAUGCUGUGAGUAUUGUGAGUCAGUUUAUGUCUGCUCCCAGCUCAGUUCACUAUGGUGCUCUUCUCCGGAUUCUCAGGUAUCUCAGUGGGACUAUGACUCGGUCCCUGUUCUUCUCAUCAUCUUCGUCUCUCACUCUUCAGGCCUACUCAGAUGCUGAUUGGGCAGGUGAUCCUACUUCUCGUCGCUCUAUUACAGGAUACUGUGUGUUUCUUGGUGACUCUCUUAUAUCUUGGCGUAGCAAGAAACAGAAUGUAGUAUCUCUUUCGAGCACUGAGGCAGAAUAUCGUGCUAUGGCCACUACCGCUAAGGAGAUUGUUCAUCUUCGUCGUCUCCUUAGUCACUUGGGUGUCCAUAUUCCUGGAGCAACACCGAUGCAUUGUGACAACAGGAGUGCUAUUCAUAUUGCUUGCAAUCCUGUUUUUCACGAGAGGACGAAACACAUUGAGAUUGAUUGUCAUUUUGUUCGUGAGCAGUUUCUGUCGGAUGUUCUUUCCCUACCUUUCACUUAUUCUGCUGCACAGUUGGCUGAUUUCUUCACGAAGUCUCACACUGUUUCUCGUCAUCAGCUUCUCAUUGGCAAACUCUCGGUGUUUGACCCACCUUGAGUUUGAGGGGGGGUGUUAGAGAUGUAUAUAUUUAGUAUUUUUAGUCUUAAAGGGUAGUUUGGUCUUCUCAUGAGUUGUUGUAUAUAUACUCUUGUAUACUCUUUCGGAAUGUGAUACGCACAUACAAUUUCUCUCUAUUAACAUGGUGGUUCCUUUUUACUUUUGUCACAAACAUUGACAAGGCUUCCUGUGUUCCUUCUCAACAAAUUAAUUGGAAUGGAUACGCAAAUUACGGCUGAUUAAAGUUUACCAGUCUCAUUCAAAACCAUACAGACAGUAGUCAAUCUCUUGAUAUUCUAUGUAACUUGCUGAUAACCCCCUAAAAAUUGUAAAUAUUAGCUU